AUGGGACAAUACGACCAAUCCGGCCCACCCCCCUCCUAUCCCCAGCCCCCACCCCAAAUCCACCAAGACGCCGGCCCAGCCCCACAAAACGGGUACUACAACAACCCCAACGGCGACCCCUCAUACUACAACGGCAGCCCGAACCCCUACCAGCAACAGCAACAACAAGUCGCGCCCUAUCAGCAGGGCGGCGCCGCGUACGGUCCGCCACAGGGCUACCAGGGCCAGCAGCAGGGCUACUACGGUCAGCAGCAGCCGAUGCAGUAUCAGCAGGGACCGCCGCCGCCGCAGGGGGGGUGGAUGUGGAUGUGCUGGUGGGAGGGUGGGAGGAGAAGAAGAGCGGAUUUGGAAGACGAGGGAAAUGAGGAUUUGGAAACGAGGGGCGCGGAAAUCUUACAAACCGAUUCACCUAGCCUGGAUUCCUCGUAUCUAAUCCUGACCUGGCCUCGUCCUCUUUCGACGUGGGACGCCAGAUGUGAUUCUUUUUUGUUUGUUCCUUCGGUCUGA